AUGGGGUCCAAAUCCAAUGCAGGGGCGGCGUCGGUUGGCGUGUGCUACGGCACGAGCGGCGACAACCUGCCGCCGGCGAGCGCGGCGGUGGGCAUGCUCCGCGAGAACGGCUUCACGGUGGUGCGGCUCUACUGGCCCGACGGCGAGGCGCUGGCGGCGCUAGGCGGGAGCGGCAUCAAGGUGGUGGUGGGCGCGCCCAACGAGGUCCUGACCACACUGGCGUCCGGCGCGCCCGCCGCGGCGGCGUGGGUCCGCGACAACAUCCAGGCGCACCCAACGGUGGCGUUCCGCUACGUGGUGGUCGGGAACGAGGUCCCCGUGGGACAGACGCAGUUCCUGGUGCCCGCCAUGGAGAACGUGCACGCCGCGCUGGCCGCCGCCGGGCUGGGCCACGUGAAGGUGACGACGGCCAUCUCGCAGGGCACCAUCGCCGUGCACCUGCCGCCGUCGGCGGGCGAGUUCACGGAGGAGGCCCGGUCGUUCAUGGGCUACGUGGUGUCGUUCCUGGCGCGCACCCGCGCGCCGCUGCUGGCGAACCUGUACCCCUACUUCGUCUACACGCUGGGGCUGGGUCACCUGGGCAUGGACUUCGCGCUGUUCACGGCGCCGGAGACGGUGGUGCAGGACGGGGAGUACGGGUACCAGAACCUGUUCGACGCGACGGUGGACGCGCUGUACGCGGCGGUGGGGAAGCUCGGCGUCGCCGGGGGAGACAGGGUGAGGGUGGUGGUGUCGGAGACCGGGUGGCCGACGGCGGGCGGCGCGGCGGCGUCGGUGGAGAACGCGAGGACGUACAACCAGAACCUGGUGACGCACGUGUGGAAGGGCACGCCUCGGCGGCCCAGGAGGGUGGAGGCCUACGUGUUCGCCAUGUUCAACGAGGACCAGAAGGAGGCCGGCGUGGAGCAGAACUGGGGGCUCUUCUACCCAAACAUGGAGAGGGUUUACCCCAUCACCUUCGGAGCCUGA